UCAAAAUCAUCAAUCAUCAAUGGAUCUGGAGAUCGUUGGCCGUCACGCUCUCUUCUUCGACGAUGAUUCGAUGGCAACCUUCGUCAACACCCCGACGGCGCUCGUUGACUGGAACAGCCUUUUCAUUGACCGCUACGAUGUUCGCCACCUCCUCUCUUCUCUCCCUCCUCCGCGUCCCAAGCGCCGCCGUCCGGUUUCAGACGAUCCUAACUUGGAUGCUGAUCUCGAUCACGAGCGUUAUCUUGAUUUGCCGGCGGAUUCUCCAUCUCUGUCGCACGACGAGAGCGAUAUCAAUGAUGGUUCAGCAAGUACAAAUGUCGCUGGUUUUCGUGCUGUCCCCUAUUCAUACGGAAGCUCCAGUGAUUUCAGUGACCAGAAAAUUUCUGAUACGGAAUCUGAGUUUAGCCCGCCUUUCCCCGUGCCUGACUAUUUACUUCAACACCUGAUUCUCGGAGAAGAGAUGGAGUUGUCUAAGGUUGUCAUUCACAGUCACCUUUUUUCCUUUCGCUGCCAUGACAAGGGGCAGUGCAGGUGGGAUUAAGAUGAUAGAAAUUCAUGACUUACCAGUAACCUAAAAAAUGAGUGCACAUCAGAUGAUGCAUCUAUAUACAGUUCUGAUAUUUGCAUUUUGUGGUUUCUCCAUACUUAAGUGAGAUUUCAAUAUGUAUAUAUACAUGCGUGUUGUCUAAGGUUCAUUCCUUCAAAACCAGGCAUCAUGAGAUUUCACAUUACUAACUGUUUUGCUUGUACAUUUUUCUCUCCUUUCAGCCCCCAACUGAGAAAUUACAUCAGAUCAUGGCAAGAACUUCGAGUUUUGUAAGCAACCAUGGUGGGCAAUCUGAAAUUGUCUUGAGAGUCAAACAAGGAGGCAACCCAACAUUUGGGUUUUUGAUGCCAGACCAUCAUCUUCACCCUUACUUUAGGUUUCUUGUUGAACAUCAAGAGCUUUUGACAGGAAAAUCUGCCGUAGAAGAUAAGAAUAUUGAAGGUGGGAAGGAUGGUGGAGCUUUGUCCUUACUUGGUUCGGUUUACGGGACUGUAGAAGACGAAGAGACUAAUGAAGAGUCAGCAAGGGACUGUAAAACAAAGGGUUCUACGGAAGGUGAUGAAGCUGAUUCCAGUGGACCUGAAGUGUCAAAAGAAGCUGCAAAGAUUGCCACUGUGAGAGAUGUAGCCUCUAGGCAUUCUCUUCUGUCAAAUGAUCAAGCACCUUUUAUAAAAGGAAACCCUUCUGUCAGCGCAGUUAACGUUGUUGAGAGGAAGCAGAUCAAUACAGAAGAUAAAGUUUCAGAAAAACCUUUGGCUUCUGAAAAGUUGCAAUCUUCUACAAUGCUGGCACAACCCAAGCUUGAACUGCAAAUUGUGGAGCCGCCAGUUGAGAUGAAAAGAGCGAUUGAUAAGAUAGUUGACUUCAUUCAAAAGAAUGGGAAAGAACUUGAGGCUACUCUUGCUGCACAGGAUGUUAAAUACGGGAUGUUUCCAUUCUUACGUCCAGCUAGCUUAUACCAUGGAUAUUAUCGGAAGGUUCUCCGAGAGGCUGAAGAGUUAAGAUCAUAUAACAGAGGCGAUUUUACCAAGAAGGAAAACAUGAAGCAAGAGAAAAUGGACAGUACUGUAAAAGAUGGCAAACCUGCUUUAGGGAGUGGGAGUAUCUUACAGGAUGAUUCUGCAAAGAGGGAGAAACAAAAAGUGGUUAGUGACAAACCAAAGAUUGAGUUAAAAAAGGAACCAUUCAAGCCCGUCGAACCGCAGAUGAGGGUCAAUGUAGAUGUGAAUACUGCUGCUGCUAUUCUUGAAGCUGCCAGAAGAGGCAUAAGGAAUCCCCAGUUAGGGAUCCUAUCAGGCAAACCCUUGGAUGGAACUUCUCAGAGCCUCGGAAAUGAUGGAAGUAAUACUUCUUCUAAGCCCCCUGAUUUGUCCAAAUCUAUGGGUCAACUGAAUUCUGGCUCGGCAGCUGCUAGAGAAGCUGAUUCUUCUGAAGCAGGCUUGUCGAAGGAGCAGAAGUUGAAGGCAGAAAGGUUGAAGCGUGCAAAAAUGUUUGUGGCCAUGUUAAAGCCCGGUGCCCAGGCAGCGCAACAGGCUGAACCAUCGCGAAGUGCAUCAGUCGAACCGUUGGGUUCUGGAGCAGGUUCUAAUACUGCCAAAGAAGUAGAAGGUAGCUCACAUCCAUCUGAAGUCUCUGAGAAGAAACAAGCAGAUGAUGAUAACACUGAAAGACGAUCAAGGAGAAAUUACCGCUCCAGAUCACAGAGAGAUGAAGAUGAUGAAAUGGGAGAAGAAGAAGACAGUGAAGAGAGCAUCAUGGAGGAAGUCACUGAAGAUACAAAGAUUGAGAAGAAGCAUUCAAGUAGAAAACGGCAUGAUAGGCAUAAGCACAAGAGACGACACUCUUCCAAGGACAGACAUUCACGGGACAAGGACAAGCAUGAGAGCUCAUCGAAUGAUGAGUAUCACAGUCGUUCCCGCCAUAGGCACAAACACCGCAAAUCUUCAGACAGGCAUGAGCUAUAUGAUUCUUCCGACACUGAUCGUGAGCACCGACACAGAUCUAGUAAGCAUAGCAAAGAUGCUGAUUAUUCCAAGGACAAGCGUAGCCAUCAUCACAAAUCCAGGAAGCAUCAUGAUAAGCAUCUUGAUUCAUCUGAUGAUGAGCAUCGCAGACACCACCGACACAGAUCCAGUAGACGCAAGCACGAGGACUCUUCAGACAGUGAGCAUGGUCAUCGACAGAAGUCUAGCAAACGUAUAAAGAAAGAUGAGAAAAGAGUGGAAGAGGAGAGUGUUUCAAAGUCAGACCAGUCUGAUCGUAAAGCUUCUCCUGAAGAUAACAACAUCAUGCACCCACAAAGCGAACCAACUCAGGUUUCAGAUGAGCUAAGAGCCAAAAUACGUGCCAUGUUAGCUGAUACCUUGUGAAAUCGGUCGAUGAGCGUCUAGAAGCAUAAAGGUCAUAAAAGCGAUACCUUUGAGUAAAGGCCAGUCUCUUGAGAUGCUUGGACGUAGGGAUGAAGUUAAGAGUCAGUUUCUCACUUUUGUUGACGUUAGAAAGAAACUCUGCAACGAAAGUCUUUAAAAAAAUUUAUGAGUGUUGUUGUCAAUGUGAGCAUUCGUUACUUGAAGCAUACCCUUAAGGGAUGAACCUUACUUGGCCCCUAUUCUCUAUUGAAAAGGCAAAAUAUUAGGAAAAGCCUUCUUUU